UUGUUUUUCUUGCACACGUUCAAGUAAUUAGGCUUCAACUUUCUGAAUUAUUAAGUAAUACAAUUUUUUCAUUAUUCAAUUAAACAUUUCUUGCAAUUACAUUAAUAGUUUGUAUCUGUGUCAUUCUUCAUUAUAACUUUCAAUUCAUUCCACACGUUUUUAACCUUCACACUACACCUAAAAAAAAACAUCUAUAUAUAUAUAUGCAUAUAUCUAGAUAUAAAUCCCAUAAGUCAAAACCAAAAACAAUUCAACAAAACCAUCAUAUAUACACAUAAACUCUUAUUAUUUCUAACUUCUUCAUUAUUAUUUUUCACUAGACUCAUGGAAAUCUUUGGAAAAAUAUUAUUCAUACUUUUAUUAUUUUCUUCUAUUUUCUCAAUAGUUUCAUCAAGAAAAGAACCUUCCACAAAAAACAUAGAUUGGUGGUGUAACAAAACACCACAUCCUAAACCAUGCAAACACUAUACAACUCAAAUGAAGAAUCAUUUCAAAAUCAAACAUAGAGUUGAGUUUAGAAGAAUGCUUGUUCAACUAGCCUUAGAACAAUCUCUUAUCAUGCAAAAAGAAUCGCAACAAAACUCAUCAAUCGAGCAUAAAAUCGUUCAUGGUGAUUGUUUGAAGCUGAUAGAAAACACAAUCUUUCAUCUCAAUCGUACACUAGAAGGAUUAAACAAUAUAUGUUCACCAAAUGAUGCACAAACAUGGCUCACAACUUCUCUCACAAACAUUGAAACAUGUAAAAAUGGAGCUUUAGAACUCAAUGCGCAAGAUUUCAAUUUCAUUGUUCAUAACAAUGUAAUUGAGAUGAUAAGGAACACCUUAGCCAUCAAUAUGUAUUUCUUGAAACACAACAAAGAAACCGGAGAAGGGUCAUUUCCAAGUUGGUUUUCAAAGCAUGAGCGGAAGCUUUUGCAAUCUAAAUCUUCACUAAAGUUUAAUAUUGUGGUGGCAAAAGAUGGUUCGGGACAGUUUAAGACAGUGCAAGCUGCUUUGGAUAAUGCUGCUAAGAGAAAAUAUAAAGCAAGAUUUGUGAUACAUGUGAAGAAAGGUGUUUAUAAAGAAAAUAUUGAGGUUAAUGUUCAUAAUGAUAACAUUAUGUUGGUUGGUGAUGGAAUGCAAAAUACGAUAAUAACAAGUUCUAGAAGUGUUCAAGGAGGUUAUACUACUUAUAGCUCAGCAACAGCUGGUAUUGAUGGACUUCACUUCAUUGCGCGUGACAUAACCUUCCAAAAUACCGCCGGUCCACACAAAGGUCAAGCAGUGGCGCUACGAUCAGCCUCAGAUUUGUCUGUCUUCUAUCGAUGUGCCAUAUCAGGUUACCAAGACACUCUCAUGACGCAUGCACAACGUCAAUUUUACAGACAAUGCUACAUCUACGGAACCGUAGACUUCAUCUUUGGCAACGCCGCAGUGGUAUUCCAAAAUUGUAACAUUUUCGCGAGAAAGCCAGUAGAUGGCCAAGCUAACAUGAUCACAGCCCAAGGUCGAGGAGAUCCAUUCCAAAACACCGGAAUUUCAUUCCACAAUUGUCAAAUUAGGGCUGCAUCGGAUCUAAAGCCCGUUGUCGACAAGUACAAAACCUAUUUGGGUCGGCCUUGGCAACAAUACUCAAGAGUUAUGGUGAUGAAAACUUUUAUGGAUACCUUAGUGAGUCCAUUGGGUUGGUCUCCAUGGGGUGACACUGAUUUUGCUCAAGAUACUUUGUAUUAUGGAGAGUAUGAAAACUAUGGGCCGGGCUCAUCGACAAAAGAUAGAGUGAAAUGGCUGGGCUAUCAUGUGAUUACAAGCCCAAGUGAUGCAUCAAAGUUUACUGUAACUGGGCUUCUUGCAGGCCCAUCAUGGUUGGCUACUACUACUGUGCCAUUUACAUCUGGUCUUUGAUAUUGUAUGUUUUUGAAUAACUAGUUCUUCAUUAUUAAUAUUUUUUGUAUGUAAAAGCAAUAUUAUAUAAUAUAUCUAUAAUUGUGUAUAUUUAAUAGCACUUGUUUAUAAAAGCGCUAUUAAAUAUAUUACCUCAAAACAUAUAUUAGCCCUUUUGUUAU